CUGUACCCGUGCUACUUUGACGCAAACCGCUCCCGCGCCGAGGGCCGGCGCGUGCCGUCGUCGCUGGCCGUGCAGAACCCGCUGGCCCGCGAGAUCGCGACGGCCUGCGCGCAGCUGCGCCUGCAGCCCGUCUUCGAGGCGCACAAGCUGCACCCAAAGGACUGGGCGAACCCGGGCCGCGUGCGCCUCCCGCUCAAGGACCACGACAACCCGUUCGCCAAGCAGAUCAAGAACAAGCACCACCUCUACGUCCUCGUCGCCAGGCACCUCCAGGCCAACCCGACGACCGAGCAGUCCGACGCCCUCCGCCGCGUCCGCGUCCCGGGGCUCGCCAUGCCCAAGGACGACGAGGCCUGGCCCAGGCCCGCCGUGCCCCGCGGCUGGAAGAUGGGCUCCCUCCUACCUGCCUACUCGGCUGCCAUGACGGGCGGCGGCGUCUCCGAGGAUGCCUUCAAGGACAUGAUGAAGGAGAUGCAGGGAGCAGGGGGCCCGGGC